AUGUCGAUGCAUACGUCUCUGCGCCGCGCUGCGGCCAGGAUAUCCAGCUCGACAUCGACCAUUCUUCCAACCGGGCUGCCAGCCUCCCAAGUCAAGACCACAACCUUCGUCUGCUCGCAAUGCCGCCAUGCCACACUUCUCCGCCGCCCUAAGCGGCCCUACACCUUCACCCAGCUCAUCACCCUUUCCGACGGCAGCGCCUUCACCCACCGCACCACCUCGCCCGCACCCGUCUACCGUUCCACACGCGACACUCGCAAUUCACUGCUCUGGAACCCGUCCAGCAGCAAACUGAUGAACGUUGAGGAUGAUGAGGCUGGUCGACUGGCGGCUUUCCGUGCGCGCUUCGGUCGCAGCUGGGAUGCCAAUGCUCCGGCUGCCGAGCUUGCGUCGAGCGGUGAUACGAAGGAUGCUGCGACUACGAAGGCCGAGGAAGAGGCUGCUAAAGCCCAGGCCCAGGCUGAACAGGAGGAAGAGGAUAAUUUGUUGGAUUUGAUCAGCUCGUUCGGCCAGGAGGAGCCCCAGGUCUCGGGAAAGAAGAAGAAAUAA